GCAAUAUCCUCAAUGAAGAAAAAUGUCAUUGAAGAAAAAUAAAGCUGCCACGAGGCUGAGCGACUACGUACUUUGAAAAUUGAUGGAUAUUUGCCUGAAAUGAUGGAAAUCGCAUCCAUACCUUAUAAAGCAAAAGGACAAUUUCCAGGAUUAUUUCUCUUUGUGGGACCCGCACGUUUUAUGCGACCAGUUCGAAAUUUAGCUGUUGGAAAAAUCGAGUAUAUUGGCUCACUGGAGCAAGUAUAUAUGGAUAUUGCAAUCGACUUAAAAGAGUUCUAUCCUGGCUUUACCACACAUAUGGAAUUGUCUAAAACUGAAUUUCUCAGCAAUUUGGCGAAUUUGAUCCCAAUGCCAGACUACAAUCAAUCUCCAAGAAACAUGUAUCAAUGUCAGAUGGGUAAGCAAACUAUGGGCACACCAUGCCUUAACUGGCCAAAGCAAGCUGCCAAUUCCCUUCAACGGAGAGAAAGAGGAACACGAGUAUAGGUAAUUGUAUAAGCGGUGUUGUUACAACAAAGAUGCUCACAUUUUUUUGAAAGUGCUGUGAUAUUCAAAAUGUGUAUGUAUGUAUGUAUUUAAUACACCUUGGUGAUAUCAAUUUGUGCACAAUUAUAAAAAUGUUGAAAUAAUAUCAAAAGUACUUGAGAUUAGUUUAUUCUCCUGAUAUGAAGUACGCAUAAAAAUGUCUGGUAACAUAGUUGAAAGUUAAAUUUU